AUACAACACAAGUUUAGCUGAAUGGUUGACAAUGAAACCAAACUUGCCCACCUCUUCCUUGAUUCCAUUUCCACCCACACAUUUAAAAUCCCCCCUUUCCCCCUUCACAUCUUCCACCUUCACUUUCAUGGUUUCCAUGGUGGGCCCUACAUAACUCCAUUUCAUUGGGUUUACUUAUGUAUCUAAGAUCACCACAUCUCAUACAAGAUACUCCUUAGUCUUUACCAUUGUUAGUGGAGUUUGUUUAGCACUUGAAAAAAGCGUCGCUAAUUGAACAAUCUUGACACUUUUGACAUGAAUACGCCGCAGUCCAAUACUCCACCUAGUACGUCCGGAGAAGGGUCAUCGGGAAAGAAAGUAAGGAAGCCUUAUACAAUCACUAAGUCUCGUGAGAGUUGGACAGAUGAAGAACAUGAUAAAUUUCUUGAAGCUCUUCAACUGUUUGAUCGUGAUUGGAAGAAAAUUGAAGAUUUUGUCGGUUCAAAAACUGUGAUUCAGAUUAGAAGCCAUGCCCAGAAAUAUUUUUUAAAAGUUCAAAAAAAUGGUACUGCAGCACAUGUGCCACCACCUCGGCCUAAGCGUAAGGCGGCUCAUCCUUACCCCCAAAAAGCACCAAAAAAUGGUCAAUUGUCGGUGUCAGUGCCACCACAAACAGCCAUGCCCUAUUCUGCUUCCUUCAAUUCUAUUGCGCCUGGAUACCCUGCAUGGAGCGAUGGUUCAGUUCUCACAAACGCUACUACCGGUGGAUUCAUGUCACCCCAAGAAGAUUUUAAUCUUACUAUUGCUGAAGAUGUUGGGAAAAUGGGCGUUCCUAGAAUGAGUUGCAGCUCUGUAAGUGGUAUUGGGAGCUCAAACAAAUCUGUUCCAGCUUCAGAGUUAUUAAAGCAAGAGAAAAGCCCUGUAAUUCACGGUUUGCCGGAUUUUGCGGAGGUUUAUAACUUCAUAGGAAGUGUCUUCGACCCAGACACCAAGGGUCAUGUGCGGAAGCUCAAAGAGAUGGAUCCAAUCAAUUUUGAAACAGUAUUGUUGCUGAUGCGAAACCUGACUAUGAAUCUGUCUAGCCCUGAUUUUGAACCAAUUAAGAAGGUCUUUUCAUCUUAUGAUGUCUCCACCAAAUCCGUAACACUUGAUGGCGGAGUUGCCAAAAACCAGCCAACCGACAUGUCUUGUUAAGCUCGGAAAAUCUUCUUCUGUCUUAGUAGUUGGACGAUAACCUAAAGCUCAAGGAUUGCGGAAGCCAUAAUCGAACAAAUAAGAGUUUUGCAUGUUUCUGCCCAGUGCUCGCCCCUCCAAUCGUAUAACUUGUGUAUAUUCUUUGAAUUUCAUACCAAACGAACUUCGGAGGCCCCAAAAUAUUUCCUUAUUCCUAUUUUUGGCGCGAGUUGAGGAGGUCUUUGAUCGCGCGUUGUUUUGAAUUUGGUAGAUGAAAAACAAAUUUUGAAUAUGAUUUUAUUAGUAUUGAGGAAUUUUAUCUAAGGCGUUGUGUAGUUAAUGUGAAAUUUUUCUAGAGCAUUCUAGAAGUGUUGUACAAAUUCUUGUAUGGUAUUGGUGAAUAAUAUUAUGUACCACAAAAAAAUUGGUCUUUUAAAUACAUAUAUUGUCAAUUAAAACAUGAUAUUCAAAACUUCA